CCACUACAUAAAACCAACAAAUUAGUCUUCUUCUUCUAUUUCCAUAUCCCUUGGUUUCAUCAAUAAUUAAUUCCCACCACCAUUUCCACUCCAAAUAAGCUCUGAAAGCUUAAGCUAGUACUACAAUUCAAAAACCUUCUUUUAUUCUUAAUUAAUGGAAGAUAUUGAAAUUCCUCAUUAUUUUAUCUGCCCAAUUUCACUCCAAAUCAUGAAAGACCCCGUAACCGCCAUAACCGGAAUAACCUACGACCGAGAGAGCAUUGAGCACUGGCUAUUAACCUCCAAGAACACCACUUGCCCCGUCACCAAACAGCCCUUGCCGCUGUCCGACGCCGACUUGACCCCGAACCACACUCUCCGCCGUCUGAUCCAGGCCUGGUGCUCGGAGAAUUCGUCGAAGGGCGUCGAGCGGAUCCCGACUCCGAAGCCCCCUUUGGAAAAGGCUCAAAUCCUCAAACUUCUCAAGGACUUAGACGGUGAUCAUCAUCAUCAGCUGAAAGCCAUCAAACGAUUGGAAACUCUCGCGGCGGAAAAUGAAAGGAACAGGAAAUUUAUGGUCGAAACCAGCGUUGCAAAAGCCGUUUUCUCGUACAUUGCGAAAUAUUGUUUUCUGAGGAACCAAACGGAAGGGCUUGAACAAGCUAUGAGCAUUCUUCACUACAUAGUCCGGAUCAAAAAUAGUACUAACAAUAUGAAUUCUUCCUCGGGAUUAACAGAUCAGAAUCUGUUCGAGAACGAACACGUCAUGGAUUCUCUCACCUGGGUUUUGAGUUGCACCUUCGAGAAUAACAAGAAUCACAUCAAAGCCCACACAGUUUUCGUCCUGAAAUCGAUCGUCGAGAAAGGUAACCCUAACGAUCUUUCGCGACUAAAACCCGAAUUCUUCAGAAACAUUUUGGAAGUCGUAAAGAACAGAGACAAGAACAUCACACACCAAGGACUAAACGCGGCGUUGCAGAUACUGCUCCAGGCGGGUCCCUACGGUCGGAACCGGACGGUGAUGGUCCAAUACGGCGCCGUUUUCGAGCUCGUGGAGCUGGAGAUAAACUCCACGGAGAGGAAAACGACGGAGCUGGUAUUCGGUAUUUUGUUCCACUUGUGUUCAUGUGCCGAUGGGAGGGCUCAGUUUCUGAGCCACAAAGCGAGCAUCUUCGUCGUUUCGAGGAGGAUAUUGCGGGUUUCGCAGGCGGUGGACGACAGAGCCGUGAUGAUAUUUUCUUUGAUUUGCAGAUUCUCGGGAACCAAACAGGUUCUGAGGGAAAUGCUGGAGUGUGGAGCGGUUUCUAGGCUGUGUGUUUUGCUUCAAGUGGAGUGUGCUGGAUAUUUGAAGGAGAGAGCAAGAGAGAUGCUAAAGACACAUUCUGGGGAGUGGAAAGACUCCCCUUGUAUAGAUGAGUCCCAUUACCCCAGGUAAUAAAUCAUGAUGAUCAUGAUCAAAUCAAUAAGUUUAAUGGGAUAUUCCAAAUAUUUAUUUAUUUUUUAGAUUUUUGUUUAGUUGUUGAUUAAGAGAGAGAAAAUUCUGUGA